UCAGCAGCGGCUGCAGGUUCCCGGAGCUGUCGUCAGUCCCAGAGCUCCGCUAUAGAGGAUCUUUGGUCAGUCCCACCCGACCCGGCCCGACCAUGGGCAUCAACCGGCUGGCGGAGCUGAUCCGGGAACGGGCGGCCGGGGCCAUCACCAGCAAAAGCAUCUACGCGUAUGAGGGGAGUGUGAUGGCGUUGGAUGCCGCCGUGGUCAUGAACCAGUUCCGCAUGGCCCGGCCCGACCGGCGAUACCUGCACCAUCUCAGCCAGAUCGUGGGUGUUUUCUACCGGACCGCCAGCCUGCUCGAGAAGGGGAUCAAACCCGUCUUUGUCUUCGACGGGCCGGCCCCACGGAUGAAGUCCCGUGUGCUUCGCAAGAGGCAAACGUGGAAAGCCGACCCAGUGGGUCAGGAACACGCGUGUGGCCCAGUACCGGAGAGCCAGGAACAUGCGUGUGGCCAGGUCCCGGGGAAUCAGGAACAUGCGUGUGGCCAGGUCCCGGGGAAUCAGGAACACGCGUGUGGCCAGGUCCCGGGGAGUCAGGAACACGCAUGUGGCUCGGUCCCGGAGAGUCAGGAACACGCGUGUGGCCAGGCCCCGGAGAGCCAGGAACACGCGUGUGGCCAGGUCCCAGAUUUUGCGGAGCCGGCCUGCAAAGGGACCCAGGAGACGUGUGGUGAGAUGCGGGGAGCUGAGGGUGGGCCCUCGCUGGAGGAGGGGUCCCACGCGCCCCCUGGGGGAACAGAGCAGAGAGAAAAAAGGACAGGAGAGCAAAACACAGCAGCAGCGUUGGACGGCAAGGUCCCGGUGGAGAGCUUCGUCAGGAAUGGCCGGCAGGAUUGCCAGCGACUGCUCACUCUCCUGGGCGUCCCCUACAUCGAGGCCCCGGGUGAGGCGGAGGCCACGUGUGCGGCGCUGGUCCGUGCCGGCCUGGUCCACUGCACGGCCACCGAGGACAUGGACGCCCUGCCCUUCGGCUGCAGCCGGCUGGUGCGGCACGUCACCGCCAGCCCACACGCGAGAGUGGAGGAGUUCUCCCUCCCCGCCGUGCUCCAGGCCCUGCAGCUGUCACACGAGCAGUUUGUGGACCUGUGCAUCCUGCUGGGCUGUGAUUACUGCGACAAGAUCCGUGGGGUGGGGCCGGGACGUGCCCUGCCCCUCCUGCAGCAGCACCACACUCGCUGGACGGGGUGGGUGCAGCACCUGCGGCCCGGGCGUCUGGCGGUGCCGGAGGACUGGCCGUACCGGGAGGCUCGUCGCCUCUUCCUGCAGCCGGCGGUGACUGACCCGGGGGGGGUGACGCUGGAGUGGGGGGCUCCUGACGAGGAGGGGCUGGUGCAGCUGCUGGUGCACGAGAAGCACGCCAAGGAGCGGCGGGUGCGGAGCCGUAUCCAGCGUCUGCGCGAGUCGCUGCGGGAGGUGGAGCGUCGCAGCCGCAUGUUCACGGCCGAGCGGCAGCAGCGGCUCGACGACUUCUACAGCCGCGUGGGGGCGCUGCGGUACCGCCGCCAGGGAGACGAGCCUCACUUCAAGCUGCCGAAGACGAGACGGAGGAUUGCUCGCCGCAACCUCUCCCACCCUCCGCCGCCCGCCGCCCCCCCCCCCUCACGCACCUGCCCCCCAGCCCUCCGCCGCCUGCCGGGACCUGUCAAGCUUCUGCAAACACGAAAUCAGCUGCGAGUAACUCUCGCGGGACGAGAGCAGAUUCUGGACAGAAAACGACUAUGGGUGCCAUUCUGGGUCGAGGACCCUUCUUCAGACCGACCAAUGCUUAAAAGAAUGUCUGAGGUGGGCAAGUGUGCUCAUGGUCAUCCAAUGACAAUAAAGGUUAAUAGUUGCCCGUUGCGGAAGACGUUGAUGGCGAUCGGUCUGGGGAGCGAGAGAAAUAAGAAUAUUAGACGGAGAUGGCGAAUGCUCGGCGGCGGGGGUCGGAAGUGGUGA